AUGUGCUCAAUGGUGCUAAUGCUUAUAUCAAAUGCGAUGUACAUAAUUAUGCACAAUUUCAACGGUUACGGUAAAUAUGCAAUGGGUGUGGCCAGGCUUUUAGCAGGUAUUGCUGCCGGAGGCAACUCACUCCUGCCGACGUAUUGGACCUACGCAGCAGCACCUGAAGAUCGUUCAACCGCUGCGGCGCUAUUUGACGGCGCAUUCUGCUUAGGAAUCGCUCUAGGACCAGGAUUCCAACUGGUGUUUUCACCUCUCAGCUACCCGGGUACUAUGAUCGGCCGCCUUUGGAUCAAUAUGUAUACAAUGCCUGCAAUUGUUGCAAAUGCUCUUGUUGCCGUCACACUGGUCAUUAUGAUGUUCUUCUUCGAAGAAGCCCCGAUGUUCCGCGAUGAAAAGCGAAAGAGUGUGAUCAGCACAGACACCCAAUUCUCCAUAUCCCUACCACCAUUCGACAAACUGGCAGUUAUGUGCUGUAUAUUUGCGAAAAUGGUUCAAAUGUUCAUCUACGCUAAUAUGGAGACUAUCGGGUCCAUGUAUACCCAACAGAUGUUCGAUCUGACCCGUACUGAGACCACUCAGUUCAACUCGAUUUUGGUCUCGUUGUCCGGCUUUGUCGGCUUCGCAUUCCUUCUAACAUACGUUUGGACGAAAUUGGGGAAACGGAUCGACAACCGUAUCGGAGCAAUCAUAGGCGUGCUGAUUUGUGUAGCAUUUCUUUUCACCACUUACUCGUGGUGGUUUUACACCGAAAACAUCGAACAUGACGGCUGUCAUUCACCAUGGUGCGCCACCACCCCAAAAAUACCUUGGGAACUCUACGCUGGCUCUUAUGUGAUCGUAUUCGGUGUCGGAUUUGCAAUGAUGAACGUACACUUGGCUUCGAUGUAUUCAGGA